GAGCGGGCGGGGAUGGGGUCCCAGACGCUGCAAAUCCUCCGGCAGGGGGUGUGGGCCGCGCUCAGCGGCGGCUGGUACUACGACCCGCACCAAGGCACCUUCGUGAACGCGCUGCAUCUCUACCUGUGGCUGUUCCUGCUCGGCCUGCCCUUCACUCUCUACAUGGCCCUUCCUUCUUCCAUGAUUAUAGUAGCAGUUUACUGUCCAAUGAUAGCUGCUAUCUUCAUUGUUCUGAAGAUGGUCAAUUACCGCCUGCACAGAGCACUUGAUGAAGGAGAAGUUAUAGAGAAGAAUGCCAAUGAACUCACUGAUCGGGGAACCAAACCUGAAAAAGAUAGCUGUUCAACCAGGAGAAAAGAUAGCAAUGGACCUAGUGACCCUGGUGGAGGUAUUGAAAUGUCUGAGUUUAUUCGAGAGGCUACACCCCCAGUUGGUUGCAGUUCACGAAAUUCUUAUGCUGGUCUAGACCCAAGCAAUCAGAUUGGGUCUGGUUCACCUCGACUUGGAACAGAAGCAACCAUUAAAGGAGAUACUGACACUGCCAAGACUUCCGAUGAUAUUAGUUUAAGCCUCGGACAGAGUUCUAGUCUGUGUAAAGAAGGAAGUGAAGAACAAGAUUUGGCAGCUGAUCGGAAGCUUUUCCAUCCAGUCUCCAAUGACUCCUUCAUCUCUAUCCAGCCUUCAUUAUCUUCCUGUGGACAGGACUUACCAAGGGACUUCAGUGACAAAGCAAGCUCCCCGAACCACCACCACCAUGUGGAUCAGUCUCUGUCUAAUGCCUGUGACACAGAAGUGGCUUCUCUUGUGCCAUUGCACUCACACUCUUAUAGGAAAGAUCACCGGCCUCGCGGUGUUCCAAGGACCUCCAGUUCUGCUGUAGCUUUUCCAGAUACAACUCUAAAUGAUUUCCCCCUCUAUCAGCAAAGGCGAGGUCUGGAUCCAGUCAGUGAGUUAGAAGCUUCCAAACCUCAUUCAGGAUCCAAAGAAUCUUUGGGAGAAAAUUCUUGCUUAUCUGGGGAUUUGAAAAGCUUCAGUCCACAGCCCCCUGCAAAAAGUGGAAAGAACAAGCCUUUGAAAGCAGACAAAAGUGUAGACAGCUUAAGAAGCCUGAGUACAAGGAGUAGUGGCUCAACAGAAAGCUACUGCAGUGGAACUGAUCGGGAUACGAACAGUACCAUCAGUAGUUAUAAAAGUGAGCAGACAAGCUCAACACACAUAGAAAGUAUCUUAUCAGAGCAUGAAGAUUCUCCUAGAGGAGGGAAAAGAACUUCUAAGAAAAAAGAGGUCUUUGUUAACCAAGAGGAAGAUAGUAGCUAUACCAGUGAUAAAAGGACUAGCAGUGAAAUGACUGCUUUGGAAUUGAGUACAAAUAGUGGUGUACAGGAAGCCACGGAUUCCAAUGCCUUAGAUGAUGUGCAAAGUCAGAAGGGUCUUAGUACCUCUGCGUCUGAAGAAGCUAAUAAAAAUCCUCAUGCAAAUGAAUUUACUACACAAGCAGACAAGACUGUUGGAAAUACUGACAAAAGAGAGGAGCAGAGCGAUAAGUCAGCUGUUUCAGUUGACUCAAGAAUUUGUAAAGAUGUUGGUGGAAAACAAAAGGAAGGGGAUGUGCGCCCUAAAUCCUCGAGCUUAAUCCACCGCACAGCCUCUGCCCACAAGUCAGGCAGGAGACGGACAGGAAAAAAGAGGGCUAGCAGUUUUGACUCAAGCCGUCACAGGGAAUAUGUUUCUUUUCGCGGCAUAUCAGCUACCAAACCUCACAGUGCUAUAUUUUGUCAUGAUGAGGAUUCAAGUGAUCAAAGUGACUUGAGCAGGACUUCAAGCAUGCAGUCAGCUCACCAGUUUAGCAGUGAUAGCUCUUCCAGUACCACUUCCCAUUCAUGUCAGUCUCCUGAAGGAAAGUACAGUGCUUUAAAGACCAAAUACAUUAAUAAAGAAAGAAGUGCUGAUUCUGAACAUACACACAAGGGUUAUAUGGGUCCUGAAGGAACUAGCAAAAAGCGGACAUCACGGCGGACUAAUAGCACAAAUAGUGCCAAGAGUCGUGCCCGAGUAUUGAGCCUGGACAGUGGUACUGUUGCAUGUUUGAAUGAUGCAAAUAGGCUAAUGGCACCAGGGAGCAUAAAACCAUUAACUACUUCGAAAUCAGAUCUUGAGGCCAAAGAAGGAGAAGUACUAGAUGAACUAUCUUUAUUGGGAAGGGCUUCACAGUUAGAAUCAGUCACUCGAUCUAGGAAUAGUUUGCCAAGCCAGGUUACUUUUCCCGAAGGGGAAGAGCAAGAUGCAACAAGUGGAGCAGCACAGGACAGCGAGGAGAUGGUUACAUUUCGCCGUGAACGCAGCACAUUUAGGCGUCAGGCAGUGCGGCGCAGGCACAAUGCAGGGAGUAACCCCACCCCUCCUACAUUGCUCAUCGGAUCACCCCUCAGCCUUCAAGAUGGUCAGCAAGGCCAGCAGUCCACAGCCCAGGUCAAAGUCCAGUCCCGUCCCCCUUCCCAGGCUGCAGUGCUCAGUGCUAGUGCCUCCUUGCUGGUGAGAAAUGGGAGUGUCCACUUAGAAGCAUCACAUGACAAUGCAUCUGCUGUAGGCGGUAGCAGUUUGCAUCAUGAACUUGGUAAGUUCUCUUCUACACUUUAUGAGACUGGUGGCUGUGACAUGUCACUUGUGAAUUUUGAACCAGCAGCAAGAAGAGCAUCCAAUAUCUGUGACACGGACUCUCAUGUAUCCAGUUCUACCUCAGUUCGAUUUUAUCCACAUGAUGUGCUCUCUCUUCCCCAGAUUCGAUUGAAUAGACUGUUGACUAUUGAUCCAGAUUUGUUGGAGCAACAAGACAUAGAUUUAAGCCCUGACCUGCAGGAACAUAUGCAACCACAAGAAGAAGCUGCCCAAAAAGUAGAGCACUAUUACCGCUUUUGGAUUCUGCCCCAACUUUGGAUCGGCAUUAACUUUGACAGACUUACUCUUCUAGCCCUGUUUGAUAGGAAUCGUGAGAUACUAGAAAAUGUGUUGGCUGUCAUCCUGGCUAUUCUUGUUGCUUUUUUGGGAUCUGUCCUCCUUAUACAAGGCUUCUUCAGGGAUAUCUGGGUCUUCCAGUUCUGCCUGGUGAUAGCCAGUUGUCAGUACUCACUACUUAAGAGUGUCCAACCAGAUUCUUCUUCACCUAGACAUGGUCAUAAUCGCAUCAUAGCCUAUAGUAGACCAGUUUAUUUCUGUUUAUGUUGUGGUCUUAUUUGGCUCCUGGAUUAUGGCAGCAGAAACCUUCCCACAACCAGGUUCAAGUUAUAUGGAAUGGCUUUCACCAAUCCACUGCUGCUUAUGUCAGCCAGAGAUUUAGUUAUAGUGUUCACACUAUGUUUCCCCAUAGUGUUCUUUGUUGGGCUCCUGCCUCAGGUGAAUACAUUUGUGAUGUACCUCUGUGAACAACUGGAUAUUCAUGUGUUUGGUGGCAAUGCCACUACAAGCUUGCUCGCAGCACUUUACAGUUUCAUCUGUAGUAUUGUGGCAGUAGCAUUAUUAUAUGGACUUUGUUAUGGCGCUCUAAGGGAUUCUUGGGAUGGCCAACAUAUUCCUGUACUUUUCUCUGUAUUUUGUGGUUUGUUAGUGGCGAUAUCCUAUCAUCUCAGCAGGCAAAGUAGUGAUCCAUCUGUACUUUUCUCUUUGGUGCAAUCAAAAAUUUUUCCAAAUACAGAAGAGAAAAACCCAGAGGAUCCUCUCUCAGAAGUAAAAGACCCACUGCCUGACAAACUUAGAAAUUCUGUUAGUGAACGGUUACAAUCUGACCUCAUAGUUUGCAUAGUGAUUGGUGUGCUGUAUUUUGCAAUUCAUGUCAGCACAGUGUUCACGGUUUUACAGCCUGCUCUGAAGUAUGUUCUCUAUACCUUGGUCGGCUCCGUAGGCUUUUUAACCCAUUACAUGCUGCCUCAGGUUCGGAAGCAGCUACCUUGGCACUGUUUCUCUCACCCACUGCUGAAAACCAAGGAAUAUUACCAAUUUGAAGUUCGAAAUGCAGCCCAUAUGAUGUGGUUUGAGAAACUUCAUGUAUGGCUUAUUUUUGUGGAGAAGAAUGUUAUCUACCCAUUGAUUGUUCUUAAUGAGCUCAGUAGCAGCGCAAAGACUAUUGCUAGUCCCAAGAAACUGGAUACUGAGUUAGGUGCUUUAAUGAUCACCAUUGCUGGUAUGAAGUUGCUACGUUCUUCUUUCAGCAGCCCAACUUGUCAGUAUGUCACCGUCAUCUUCACUGUGCUCUUUUUCAAAUUUGACUAUGAGGCUUUGUCAGAGACAAUGCUGUUAGAUCUCUUCUUCAUGUCCAUAUUCUUCAACAAGCUUUGGGAACUUCUAUAUAAGUUGCGGUUUGUGUAUACUUAUAUUGCACCAUGGCAGAUUACAUGGGGCUCUGCUUUUCAUGCUUUUGCCCAGCCUUUUGCUGUGCCUCAUUCAGCCAUGUUGUUUGUCCAGGCUGCUAUAUCUGCCUUCUUCUCUACUCCACUAAACCCCUUUUUGGGAAGUGCGAUAUUCAUCACUUCAUAUGUUCGACCAGUCAAAUUCUGGGAGAGAGACUACAACACCAAGCGUGUGGAUCAUUCAAACACCAGAUUGGCUUCUCAGCUUGAUAGAAAUCCAGGAUCAGAUGACAACAAUUUGAAUUCCAUCUUUUAUGAGCAUUUAACACGUUCCUUACAGCACAGUCUAUGUGGAGAUUUGCUGCUUGGGCGAUGGGGAAACUACAGUACUGGGGACUGUUUCAUUCUUGCUUCUGAUUAUCUCAAUGCAUUGGUACAUCUUAUAGAGAUAGGCAAUGGCCUUGUCACUUUCCAGCUAAGGGGACUUGAAUUUAGAGGUACUUACUGCCAACAAAGAGAAGUAGAAGCUAUUACUGAAGGAGUAGAUGAAGAUGAUGGUUUUUGUUGCUGUGAGCCUGGUCAUCUUCCCCACAUGCUCUCCUUUAAUGCUGCAUUUAGUCAACGCUGGCUAGCUUGGGAGGUUCUUGUCACCAAGUAUGUGCUGGAAGGCUACAGCAUCACUGACAAUAGUGCAGCUUCCAUGCUGCAAGUGUUUGAUCUUCGGAAAAUACUCACCACAUACUAUGUUAAAGGUAUCAUCUAUUAUGUCACAACCUCCUCCAAACUAGAGGAAUGGCUGGCCAAUGAGACAAUGCAGGAAGGACUACGCUUAUGUGCCGAUCGCAAUUAUGUUGAUGUGGACCCUACAUUUAAUCCAAAUAUUGAUGAAGAUUAUGAUCAUCGGCUAGCAGGCAUAUCUAGAGAGAGUUUCUGUGUGAUUUACCUCAACUGGAUUGAAUAUUGCUGUUCUCGAAGAGCAAAGCCACUAGAUGCAGAUAAAGAUUCCUCCCUAGUAACUCUUUGUUAUGGACUCUGUGUUCUGGGACGGAGAGCCUUAGGCACUGCUGCCCACCAUAUGUCUAGUAAUUUGGAGUCAUUCCUGUAUGGCUUACAUGCCUUAUUUAAAGGAGACUUCCGGAUUUCUUCAAUCAGAGAUGAAUGGAUCUUUGCUGACAUGGAAUUACUAAGAAAAGUGGUAGUCCCUGGAAUCCGCAUGUCACUUAAACUUCAUCAGGAUCACUUCACUUCUCCAGAUGAGUAUGACGACCCUACUGUACUUUAUGAAGCCAUCAUGUCACAUGAACAAAAUCUGGUAAUAGCUCAUGAAGGCGAUCCUGCUUGGAGGAGUGCAGUGCUCUCUAACUCUCCUUCCCUUCUUGCCCUGCGCCAUGUCAUGGAUGAUGGCACCAAUGAAUACAAGAUCAUCAUGCUCAACAAGCGCUACCUUAGCUUCAGGGUUAUCAAAGUGAAUAAAGAAUGUGUUCGUGGCCUUUGGGCGGGACAACAACAGGAAUUAGUUUUCUUGCGCAACCGGAACCCAGAAAGAGGGAGCAUCCAAAAUGCAAAACAAGCCCUGAGAAACAUGAUUAAUUCAUCAUGUGACCAACCUAUUGGAUACCCCAUCUAUGUCUCACCCCUGACAACAUCUUACUCUGACAGCCAUGAACAGUUAAAGGACAUACUGGGGGGGCCCAUCAGCCUGGGAAAUAUCAGAAACUUUGUGGUAUCGACCUGGCACAGGUUAAGGAAGGGUUGUGGAGCAGGCUGUAACAGUGGUGGGAACAUUGAAGAUUCAGAUGCAGGAGGUGGAACUUCUUGCACCAGUAAUAAUGCAACAAAUGCCAAUGAACCUCAGAGCAACGUGUUACAAGGAGGCAAUGGAAAUUCAGGACAAGGGCCUGGAGCUGGGCUCUACCCUCCUGUCACAUCUCAUCUUCCAACACUUGGUACCAGCCACAGCUCCCAUUCUGUACAAUCAAGUCUGGUUAGGCAUUCUCCGGCUCGUGCCUCAGUUGCCAGUCAGUCCUCUUACUGCUAUAGCAGCCGUCAUUCAUCUCUCCGAAUGUCCACUACAGGAUUUGUGCCUUGCCGGCGCUCUUCCACCAGUCAAAUUUCCCUUCGUAAUUUACCAUCAUCCAUCCAGUCCCGCCUUUCCAUGGUGAACCAAAUGGAACCUACUAACCAGACUGGCCUGACCAGUAUGCAGCAUGGCCUUCCAUCUUCCAGCAGCUCCAGCCAAAGCAUCCCAGCCUGCAAACAUGCCCUUGUGGGUUUUCUAGGGACAGAAGGAGGACAGAAUAUUGCUACUGAUACACAAUCAGGCAGCAACUUAAGUCCUGCCAACAAUCCACAGGCCAAAAAGGGAGAUGUGAUUUACAGAAUCCAAAUUGUGGAUCCCAGUCAGAUUUUGGAAGGGAUCAACCUGUCAAAAAGGAAGGAGCUGCAGUGGCCAGAUGAGGGGAUUCGGUUAAAAGCUGGAAGAAACAGCUGGAAAGACUGGACUCCUCAAGAAGGCAUGGAAGGACAUGUGAUUCACCGAUGGGUGCCUUGCAGCAGAGAUCCAGGUAGUAGAUCCCACAUAGACAAGACUAUCCUCCUAGUCCAGAUUGAUGACAAAUAUGUUGCUGUGAUCGAAACUGGAGUACUAGAACUUGGGGCUGAAGUGUAAACCGUGUUUCGCGACUACAUUUCAUCUCUUCCUCCCUCAAUCCCAAGACUUUGGAAAAGGCACGGAGGGAGUAGGAGAAGGGUCUCCCAGGAGUCACUUCAGGCCUGGGAGGACUUAACAAAUAGAAUGGGCUUAGACGAGCCUCUUUCUCCCCGCCCCCUCACUCCUGCCACUGUUUCCAUCCCCCCAAAAAGUUCAAAUAUUUUUUUAAGUUCGCUGCUGAGGAAACAUUUUGCAUGAAGGAUAAAGAUUUUAUUAAGAAGCAUCUCUUUUAAAAAAACAAACAAAAAACUUUUUCUAUGCAUUGCAUAUGCUUUAAAUCAACAAACUCUUCAUUUCUAAAAUAUGAACUCAUCAUAUUUUUCUAAUUUAUUUGCCAAAAAUAAUUGCUAUGUUUGGUCACAGAACAUAUGAAAUCCACUUACCUUAAUUUUUAAAAAUCAACUUGUGUACAAACUUUCAGUUCAACCUAAAGCAGUAUAGAAGUUUAAUGCAUAGUAAGAGACUAUGAACAGACAGAUUUAUCUUAUUCCUUGUGAGCUAAAAACUUUAAUGAGAAAACUGCACUAAUUUUUUUACAGCAAUGCACUAAGAAGUCUGAGGUUGCUCAGAACAUUUAUUUAUAUAUAUAUAUAUAUAUAUAUAAUAUAUAUAAGAUUAAAAAAAACAUUAUUUAAAUUGCCUCUGGGAUUUUCCCCUCCCUUUCCACAUAAUCACAGAUGGCAGGAGCUACAUUGCUCAUCCUUUUUCUUGGUUGGUUCAGUAUGUUAGAUUUCAUACCAGUGCAUUUGUUGUUUUCUUUACAUGGAAUCCUAAAUCUUGAGAUGAACCUAUCUAUAUGUUGGCAUUGUUUCCCAAAGCCAUUUUUCGUGGUGCAUUCAGUAAUGUGAACACUACUGCCAAUUAUUGUGUCCACAUCAAGGAUGAGCACCCAGUGCAGCAGGAUAGAUCCUGUUUUUCUACAGCAGUCAUAGAGAUUCUGCUCCUCACCAGUUAUGUUGGUAUCAAUUUCCAAGAUAAAACACUUUUCACUUUGCAAGGGGAGGACAAAUCUCAAAGAGCUGAGUGAAGAGGUUGUAGUGCUAGAGGGCCUCAUAAGGAUGUCUUGAAGGCAUUCAGCUCAAUUCAAUAGUUUAUCCAAGUUUAAAAAAAAAAACUUAAAAAAAAAUUACACAGAUGGUGCAGCCCUUAUCAAAUCACCCUUAAUCACUUUGCCUUUUCUUUUCCUUUUCUCUUCAUUCUUUUUCUAUUACUUGAAUUUUAUUUCCUAUGAUUAUAUAUUCUGUAUAACUGUAAUUUGGAAUAUUUAUAACUGUGAAGUUGACUUAAUUCAUGUGUUGUCACAUAUCCUGGAUUUUAUUAGGUUUUCUAAUGUGUGUAUUCAGGGAUAUGCGUAACUCAAGCUUACAUUAGGUUGGGUGGGAGUUGCAGCUUCGAUUUCAUUUGCAGCUCUUAAUACUUUUUUUCUAACUCCAUGAACAGAGUUCCCCUUUUAGUGUGAGACUGUGUGAAGGAGACUGCAUACAUAGGUUUAUCAUUUGGAAGCAGCCAUCUUUCUACCUCCAUAUGAUCUGACUGUUUAAAUUGUCUUGGGAGGAGGUACAUUUGUUCCCCAAGGGCAUUGAAAUGCCUCACAAAGAAAAUCUUGGAGUAACUAUUUCAGGGAUAAAAAUGAAAGAAUACAAGGUAUUAUUGCUGUUCUGAUAAAAGACCCAUCUGCUUUUACUCACUUUCUUUUCUUUUCCAUUUUUUUUUUGGGUGGGGCAAAGUGGGUUAAGUGACUUGCCCAGGGUCACGCAGCUAAUAAGUGUCAAGUGUCUGAGGCUGAAUUUGAACUCAGGUACUCCUGACUCCAGGGCCAGGGCUUUAUCCACUGCACCACCUAGCUGCCUCUACUCAGUUAUUUUUGAUCCAAAUGGCAUGUAGUUAAAAUACCCUUUAUAUUGGGUUUUGCUUAAGUUGGUACACUGUUAAAAAUCCCCUCUUUCAGAAUUGAAGAUUCUAUAAUGGUACAUCACCUGUACUAUUGAAAUAAUGUGUAAGCUGAGGUUUGUUUUUUUUUUUAUCAGACUUUUGCAUAGACUGACAUUUCUGAAUUAACUGCUUAUUAUUUCCCUGAUACAUACAUUAUAACAUAUAUAAAUUUGCUUUAAUUAGUAAGUUACACCAUCAAAGUUUAGUGUUCCUUUUACUAUGAGGAUAAGGUCUUAACUUUUUAAAAACAACCCUUUUAAUAGGACUUAUGUAUUCUCUUCUUUUUGAAAUGUAUGUGACCCUCUUCAUUGAUGAAUUAGGAAUAAGGCUUAAGGAUAAAUGAAAGAGAAGUCUUUCUAGAUUUAACAAGAGUAUUCUGAUUUGUUCUCAUAAAAGAAUUUUACAUGGGUGGUGUAAUCAGGAGCUGGGUAAAUUUUUUUCUAGAAAAAUAUUAAAUUGAUCAUAAGAUCAUAAUGGCAACUUUACUUCAAAAGAAGUCUCAAGUGCAAUAUAAUAAGAUUUUAUUUCAAGAGAAAAAUAGGUUUUCUUCACUAGGAGUUAGAUAUUGUUAGACUAUAAUCCAUUAGUAUCAAGAAACAAGAAUUGUUGAUCCUAAAAAACCUCUUUACGUGAAGCAAAGUUAUACAUGAUAAAAGCCCUCUCAUUUUCAUUCAAAAAAAUCUCAGAAUACCUUGAAUGUUUAGUUCCUCAUCGGUAUUUUUUCCAUUUUGUACAAGUGACACCACCAAUAGCUAUGAUAUAUUCUUUUAUAUCAGGUAACUAAUUUAGAAAACAUUUAUAAAUUUUCCACUGUAAUAAAAGGGGGAAAAUUGAGUUAUUUUUCUUAUUUUUAAUCCUCAAAAAGGUAUUUCUAUUUGGUGUGCCCUCUUAACAUUUUUCAUUGAUCUCAACAUAUAAGAUCCCAAAAUUGUAGGAAGCUAUUUUGUGGCUUUUACAUUUAAAUAACUCACAAUUAUUUCUUUUACAUGAGUGAGUUUUAGAGGCCCAUAUUUUGAAAGUACAGGAAUUUAUAUUCUAUGUCAACCUUUGCAAUUCACAGAAAGUGUAUCUUUGGUGUCUCUUUUCUCAUCUUCCCUUCUAUCAGAAGUGGGAAAUUGGAUGGUUUAUGAUUUGUUAAGUUUUUCUUCUAGAAUAGCCCCAACAGAAAGGCUAAGAAUGAAUCUACUGGUUCUUUUACAAGUUCUUAAGUCAGUAUGAUCCCUUCUUUUUCUGAAUAUAUUAUUUAUAAAGACCUUCCUGGAUUACUUUUCACUAAAGAAAGUUAAUCUUUCCAAAUCUAGUUCACGUAUCCUUUUUCCAAGUAUUAAAAAAAAACAAAAAACUGGUAAAUUUUAAAGAUUUAGAGGGGGAAAGUAUUGGGACAUAUCAAUAUGAGACUUAGCCCUUUCCUUUUACCAAAAGUAGGGAAGUUAUGACCUAGCUUCACUGCAUUUCUUAUAUUGGAAAAGAGUUAUACAAGAAAAUGUAGUACUAUUAAAGUACCACUAGUACUUGUCCUUAAUGAGGUAAAGAAAACUGUAUCUGUAGACCAUGUGCCAAACAAUGAAACUGAUAGUUUCUGCAAGAAAAUCUAACUUAUUGAGCAGAUAUGCUUUCCUUAUACUUCUCGAGUUUUUGGCUUAGUGGUUGGUUUCUCCAACAUCCAACUUUAAUGAAUUUUUUAAAGGCUCAUUAAAUAUUGAGGCACACAUCUCUUAACCUUAAUAGAUGGCACUUUGUCAGCUGAGCAUCAGUUCUGCCUUCACCUUGGAAUGUAGGUUAACAGAUUGCUUUAUUGGAUCAUUAAUUAAAAGCCUGAGCCGUUUUUAUGUAUGAUUUACCUAGUUCCUGAAAAGAUGUCUUAUUGUAUUAGCCAACUUUAAAAUGUCUACCAGAAGGAUUUAUGGCUUACUACUUUGAGUUAUUUGAGUUAUUCUUCCAUGGAUAUUGUUUCUGCUUGUCAAUUGUUACUGUUCUUGUGUUUUUUUAUGUUAUUCUUUCAUGAAUAUGGACAAAUUUAGGUAUUUUUAAAGUAUAGAUAUUCAUGCUAUUGAAGUGCUUGACAUAUUCCUACUUUCAUCAUGUGAGAUGAUCAUAAAAAAUUACUGGAAUUAUUGAUUGUUGUUUUGACAGGGUCCCACUAGUGCUUUUUGUCAUAGAUGUAAUUCAUUGUCAUACUGGAUCUAAAAAUCUGUUUAAUAUUUUUGAUGGCUUUUACUUGAAUUAUAAUUAUGUAGAUAUUUUUAGUCAGAUAUGUAUGAUAGCAUCAUAUAUCUCUAUAGAUAUAUAGAUAUGUAUCAUACUUUAAAAAGUCAUUGGUCAUGUAACUUUACUUUUCAGUCUUACAUGGAAAUAUUUGUUAAGGUCAGGGUUUGGGAAGACGGAUACCCUGUGUAUUCAGUAUAACUGAAUGAAGAGAGUGUCUUAAAUUGUUUCCUUAGCCCAAAUUUCAGAUCUCCAUUUCGCAAGGAACAAAAAGCCAAAACAAUUUAUUGUUUUGUUCCUUCCACUACUCCCCCCCACAAAAAAAGUCUGAGUGAUAUGCUUCCAAAUUUUCUUAUUUCAAACUGGUUAAAUGUUUAGUUAAAAGCUCUAAAUGGGAAGGAACUAAUUGUGCAGAUAGUAUAUAGUAAUCGUUAACUUUGCCUUGAAGCUAAGCUAAAUUGUGAAUCAUUUCAACAAUGUCACUUGUCUGGAAUGAUGUAGCUAUUUCCCCAAUAAUACUUAAAUGAACUUUUAAAUGGACCACAUAUUUUUCCUAAACUAGGGCGAAUAACUUCUGGUUUUGAAAUGAAUGCCACAUCUCCUAAAUAAUAAAAGACUUUGUAUUUGUAUUAAGAUUUUAAAAAAUUGGGAGAAACCAGAGCAGAUUAAUAACACCAGUGUUAUAUGACAACUUUGUUUCAAGGCUUUUAUACCUAUUAUAUAGGGUUAUAUCUAUUCUGUUGUAAUCUUUAUUAUGCUCUGUACUUAAUGGCUUCUGACUUGGUAGAGCCCAACUGGAAGAAAUGAAGGUCACUUAGCACAGGGGUGAGAAUAAACUGCUAAUUGUUGUUCCCCCAGUUCAGGACUCGUUCUGUUUUCAAAAUAAAGAAAUGGAUAUAAGGAUGGCUGCUCCAAAUGACCUCCAGGGCUUAGUAUACUUAAGUUUCACAAGCCUUCAGAAUAUAAAGCUUGAUUUCACAAUGGAAAAAUAGAAAUGGGGUUAAAUAUCUGCUUUUGCUUUUUAAAAACUCACCAUGUAAGAAAAACUGCAUCCUUAAAUUGAACACAUUUACUUUAUGUUGUGAGCUUUACUUGAGGAAAUGGAAGGAGGAAUAUGUAAAGUAGCUAGUAGGAAGGUGUGAGGGUGAAAUAAUGGAUUUACUUUUUCUGAUACGGGGCUCAGAAAAGCAUAUAUUGCCUCUACCAGCAUAUGGAUAUUGAUUGGAAAUAGGGAUAUAUGUACUCACGUGUGUCUGUGAGUGUGUCUGCGUGUGUGUUACUGGAAACCGCCUGUAAAUAUUGUAGUUGUUUUAAAUGGAAAAUAAAAGCUGAGGUUUUUUUGUUUUUGUUUUGCAAAUGUGUUGCAACAAAAGGACAGUAUUGACAGUGGAUAAAACACUGAGGAAAUAAAUUUUUUUUUUCAUUUUU